AUCUCAGCCUUCCCCCAUCUCAUUUAUCUUCCUUCCCCACCUUCCAUUCUCACUCCCCCAAUCUCUCUCUUCUCUUUCUCUCUCUCUCUCUCUCUGAAAACUGCAGAAGCCAUCAGAACUAGUUUAGAACGAAUUAAAAAAGAUGUUGUUAGGGAAGCGUCCCCGCCCUCCGAUGAGGAGGACAACAAGCAUGACUGGGAUCACCGUUGAUCUGAACAACGUGGAAGGCGAGGAACCGACGGAUGUGCAUGCAGCAGCAGCAGCAGCAGCAGCGAUGGUGGUGGGCCCACAACCAGGGCCCGCGGGCGCCCACUUGGCUUCAGGCCGUGACAUCUACAUGUAUAGGGGAGACACCGCAUUUUGUAGCCUAGAAUGCAGAGAGCAACAGAUGAAGCAAGAUGAGAGAGUAGAGAAGUGUAAGGCCGCGUCCUCAAAGAAGGACGACCGCCACGCCUCGCGAUCCACCUCGACAAACUCCAAGGCUUCCGGUAAGAGCCAGACGGUGGCUGCCGCCUAAUUAAACAACAAAUGAUGAAGCCAGAAUGUUGGAAGAUUAUCAAACGUCAGUUACACAAUAUUGCACUGCUGGUGCAACCCCCUUUUUCCUCAAUUGCCCCCCCCCAUUGACGUUAUUUACAUAAUAGUACAACAGGGUGUGUUGCUAGCUACGAUCGCUAGCUGAUGAAUGUAUGAUUAUGUAAAGUUAAUUGUAAAAGGUCGGUGGAGUGCAUUUGUUUUAUGGAUUCAAA